GUUGUGACUUGCUAUGGAAAAGGAUGAGCAAAUGCUGCGAACAGCGGAUGUCAUGGAGCGCACGACUUCCCUGCAACAGCCGCCACUUCCCGACCUCACGAACAGUCGUCGGUAUCGCUCACCACAACAAGAAGAUGCACAUGACGCCGACAUCAGCGUCAUUAUCUCACAUCACACUUCUGCCCCGGUCCCUCGCACCAACACUUUCCGAUGUCAAUUGAAAUCAAUUGGGAGGCUCUCACUGGCGGACCGGAUGGUGAAGCGCUGGCCGAAACCAUCCGAGAGUUCAUCCACGAACGCUUCCAGUCCAUAGCGCUUCCCAAACUGAUCCGUUCGGUCGCUGUUCAUGGGUUCGAGUUUGGCAAGACACCCCCCGAGAUCGUCCUCAAGGAUAUCGGUGAUCCACUGCCCGACUUCUACGAGACAGAUGACGAUGCAUCGGUUCUAGAAGCGCCCGCCGAGCAGGACGCCAGUAUUCUCACUGAUCCUCGCCAAGCAACAACGCGGCACGCGCGUGGUGCAGAUGGCACGCGACGUCAGUCCGAAAUAGAUCUGCUGGAUCGCAUGGGCAGAACCGGGCUUGCGAGAGGAACAACUCCUGGUGUGCUUGGAGCGACCUCGAAUCUUGGCUACUUCCACUUACCUCUCUCCGCCGGCCUGCCUGGGACACAGACGCCCCUAGCUGCAGUCGCUGGCGGCGGCUUCCCAAAUAGUCAGGGGCCUCAUCAGCAUCAAUACCAACAUCACCACGCGGACUCGUUCAGCUCAACUUCGCCACCCUCCUUGGCUACUCCGACUUCCUCGCAAGGCCACGCAUACCGCGAGCCGGCGCCUGGCUCAGCCAUAUCCGACGACGCCGAUGCACCGCCGCUCCCUCUUCGACAUGAUCACCCAGAGAUGAGCCCGGAAGACACCCAGGUUGUUUUCCAUGUGACGUACGCUGGCGAUAUCAAGUUGUCUCUGACGGCAGAUGUUUUCCUGGACUACCCGAUGCCUAGUUUCGUCGGAAUCCCCUUGAAACUGAGGAUUACAGGUCUAACGUUCAAUGGCGUCGGCAUUCUGGCAUACAUCAAGAAGCGAGCGCACCUAUGCUUUCUGAGCCCUGAAGAUGCAGAGGCUCUUGUAGGAGGAGAGCAGACCCUUGAUACCCUCAACGAAAAGCCCUCCACUUCAGAAGAAGCUGCCAAGGUGAGCAAGGUAGGCACUUUACUCGAAGACAUCAGAAUUGAAAGCGAAAUGGGGGAGACGGAAAGUGGAAAGCAAGUCCUGAAAAAUGUAGGCAAGAUUGAGAAGUUCAUCUUGGAGCAGGUGCAGCGCAUCUUCGAAGACGAAUUCGUCUACCCGAGCUUCUGGACCUUUCUCGUCUGAAGGAGCUGCCAUUCGAUCCUUCGCAGACUACAGCAUGGCAAUGUCGCGACUUCAGCACAUGUCGUUGUCUCCCUCACACGAGAGUCGUGCGCGCGAUCGCGUGCAUCAACGCGCAUGUUGCAUGGGUACAGAGCGCCUUGCAGAGCAUCCCGUGAGUCGUGGUACCAGAGAGACAACCUUGCUUUGCAUCGGCCCGUUGUCACACGCAGCUGUCAAAAUCUGCAGUGGCACUUGUGUACGACUAUGGUCACCUCCCACAGCGGCGGCCAAUAAUCGGAUGUGGCACAUGUGCGCAUUUCAUUAUCGACUCCGGAUGCGCUGCUGUUCUCUUGCUCAUGCAAUUGCACUAUACACUCCCAUGUCGUAGCUCUCAUCACACCGGGCCGCCUGUGACGACGGAUGGAUCUGGUGCACGGCAACGAGUCAGACGCGCGGCUGGUUUGACAGACGAGACUGAAGAGCUUCACGGACGAGCAAGGCACAGCUUCACAAGUCACGCAUUAGCAGCUUUUCCUGCCGUCUCUCGUGCACUCGAUGCCAGUGGACAUUGCUCAAACUACGGACGUAGCGACUCAGCACCUUGUCUAUAGUGCUGAUACGAAGGGAUUGCAUGAAACUAA